AUGAUGGAUCAAGACACUCAGUGGCUGUACCAGCUUUUGGCAGAAGUACAGCUGGAACGCUUUUACCUGAAGCUCCGUGAUGGACUUAACGUGACUCGCAUUGAACACCUGGACUAUGUUAAGGAGUCAGAUCUGGAACACAUUGGCAUCAGUAAACCAGGGCAAAGACGAUUAUGGGAGGCAGUCAAGCGCUACAAAACCAACAUGCGACCAAGGUCAUGGAUGACCAAGGUCUUCAGAGGGGGUGGUCCAGAUGGAGGUGACCAGUGGAGUGGUGCUAUGUCUGGACCAAGGCCAGAUGUGGGACGAGCACUUACUUGUCUUAUUCAGGACAGUGAGCUGGUGUUUGGGGAGAGGCUGGGCUCAGGUUCUUUUGGGGUGGUAAAAAGAGCAGAGUGGCACACCCCUACAGGACGAGUGCUGCCUGUAGCAGUGAAGGCUCUCAGGACCAAUAUGUCCAAAGAGUCAAAUACAGUGACAGAAUUUCUGCAGGAGACCACCACCAUGCAGGCCCUGGACCACCCAAACAUUAUCCGCUUGUAUGGUGUGGUCCUAACCCAGCCUCUCAAAAUGGUGACAGAACUGGCUCCAUUAGGUGCUCUGUAUGACAUGCUGCGUUUGCGACGGGGCGAAUACCCCCUGGCUCGGCUCUGGCUAUUCGCCACUCAAAUUGCUGCUGGAAUGGAGUAUUUGGAGUCACGUCACUUCAUCCAUCGAGACCUGGCAGCUCGGAAUGUGCUCCUGGCUUCUCGAGAACUGGUAAAGAUUGGCGACUUCGGCCUGAUGAGGGGUCUGGGCCAGGACAAAGAUCACUACAUCAUGGGACCCCAGAGACGUAUUCCUUUUGCCUGGUGUGCUCCUGAGAGUUUGCGUGUGGGUUUUUUCUCACCUGCCUCAGAUGUUUGGAUGUAUGGAGUUACACUGUGGGAGAUGUUCACUUACUGCGAGGAACCCUGGCUUGGAUUGUCUGGAAGACAGAUCCUGUUUCAAGUGGAGAGGGAGGGUGAGCGUCUACCGAGGCCACUUGACUGUCCUCAGGAACUCUACGCUGUGAUGAGGAAAUGCUGGGCCUGCAAUCCAUCAGAGCGACCAAACUUCAGCCAGCUUAUCAGCAUGGUAGCUGAGGCUCAGCCCCGGGAGGUGCGUGCUAUACGGGAUUUUGCAGAUGCCAGAAAACUCACUCUACAGUCUAAUGAUGUGGUGACCCUGAUAGACCAUGGGCUGGAUUUGAUUGAGUGGAAAGGUCAGAACCAGACGACACUGGGUGUAGGCUGGUUCCCUCCAACUCUUACUGUCCCAUUUGUAUCUUCACCGGGACCUCUCAGUCCUAAUGCUGGAGCUGCUAGGAUCUCUACCCCAAUUAGAGGAAGCUUACCACACACUGGACAUAGAGACACCAAGCCAGAACGCAGCUGGGGAAACCCUGAAAGACUGGAUGACUCUGGACACUGGAGGAUACCUGUGGCAAAACCAAAGGAAGGGUCUAAUCUAAAGAAAAUGGCAGGUAUGUCUCGCAGUCUUGAGUCUGUUCUAGGAGUUCCUCAGAACGAGGCUCCAAGUGAGAAUGGCAACCCGGCUCAGCGAACCAACAUCCGUAAACCUGUACAACCACCAUAUGCGCCCGAUGUGCGCAGGUUCAGCGAUGCAAGUGGCAUUAACCCACCUCCGCGCCCACCACCUCCAAAUUUUAAACACUUUCAAAGGGCCCAGAUGAUCCGGGAUCGUAGACUGGCUGGAAAUGUAGCCCCUGCUGCCUGGAUUCCUACUCCUCUUACAAAUAUUCAGCUUCCACCACAGCAGAAGACCAUGGGUGGUAGCAAUCUAGCCAAGAUGGCACAUUUAGCCAAAUCAAGUCCCCAGCUGGACAAUGACAAUGAGAAGGAAAAGGAAAGAGAUAGGGACAGGGAAAGAGAACGAGAGAGGAUACGGGAAAGGUAUCCACCACAUGUGCAGAUGCAGGUGGAUAAAGAUGUAAUCAUAUCACAGCUUCAGGCAGCAGUACAUGGAGUAACCAUUGAAGAGGUUCAGAAGGCCCUACAACGCCAUGAUUGGAACCAAGUACGAGCAGAGCAACAGCUAAAGGCAGAGCAGCUGUACCACAUGAACCAAUAUUCAAGAGAAGACUGCCACAAGAUCCUGGCACGCUACAACUGGGACCUUCAACAAGCUAGUCGUUUUGUCCUUCGCAAGGCCAAAGAUGGUGGGCUGGAGAGACGAUGAACAGACUUUCAAAAUAAGCCUGCAUUAUCUCAAGGAUAAUUGAUCACAAUAGAACUUUUUUUUAUAUUAAGGACAUCAAGACCCAAGGGUUCUACGGCAAACAGGAGCAAAAGGGGGGUAAAACUCUUUGUCUUAUUGAUCACUGCUAUGAAAGUAUGUGCUAUUUUGGACUUUUUUAACAUCAACGUUGCUGGAUCAGUUGCCACCUGUAUAAGAGGUAGAGUAUAAUGAUGAUUACCAGCAUAUGCACAAAGGGGUAGAGUAAAAUGCUGAUUAUCAGAAUAUGCACUUCUGCUUUUUAGUACAAAACUGGUGCAGGAAAGAGGAUAACAGGGGCAGUUGUAGCCUAGUGGUUAAGGUACUGGACCAGCAAUCAAAAGGCUGCUGGUUCAAGCCUUACCACUGCCCGGUUACCAUUGUUGGGCCCUUGAGCAAGGCUUUUAACCCUGAAUUGCUUAGACAAUACACUGUCACAGUACUGUAAGUCGCUUUGGAUAAAAUCGUCUACUAAAUUCCAAAAAUGUAAAUGUAAAUAAAUUAGUGACCCAAGAGGCUACUAUGUGAAAAGUAAAACAUUUGCUAAUACCAGUAACUGCUCUGUACACCUAUCCCAGCACAGGUGAAUACUUUACAAUAGCUAAUCCAGCAUUAUAUUUGUGAAAUGCUGUGACCUGUAAACUGUGUCUACAAGAAUUCCACGCCAGUAACUUUACUUACUUCUCUCUGAAAAGUAUGUAACAACGCAGCAUUGACCCCUGCAUGCUAAACGUGUCAGCCAUUAUUGUUGAACACAUCCGAUUGUGAGGCACAUUAGCAUUAGCACUUGUGCUCAUAAUGAAGGAUUUUUUUUGGCAUAGCGAACACAAACUUGUGGUUAAAACGCUUCAGGAACUCUCUGUUACCACAAUAUGCACAAAUACUGUUUACAAUACAUUAACUUUAAUAUGUACCUUAGAAAUCUUUAGGCUAUAUAGCGGUUCAUAAAACACUUUGAUUGUAUGCAUAGUUUUAAAGCUUUUAUAAAAGGUUUUAUCUGUUUGUUAAAUUAAACUGCUAUUUUGA